UGUCAGCCCCGGUUGCUUGCUUCUAGUGUGAUGAAGGCCAUGAUGGCUUAUCUUGUGCUAAACUAUGAUAUUAAAUUGGAAAAAGAAGGCGAGCGUCCCCCAGAUGAGUGGUUUCUGAUGAAUUGCUCUCCCAGCCGGAAGGCCGAGGUUAUGUUUAGACGGCGACGGCCCUGA